GCUGAUUACCGGCGUGAUAUGCCCCUAAUUCUGGAGCUGCUGAAAAACUUGGCAGCCUUCUGUGCCAUGCCAGUUGCCACUCCUGUGCGGGAGCCCCUGCACGCCUCGGACACGUUGGCUACCAUUGCCAAGGCAGGUCUGCCGUCAUGCGGGCGAAAGCAUCGGCGCAAAGGACAUAAGGAGAGGAUAUU